CGUAGAUUACCUUGACCCCAUUUCCUUGUUCCUUUGCAUCUUUCUUCCGCAGCAACUACUCAUCGCAACGCGACCUCUUCCGAGAAGAAACCUCCUGAGUUCGCCACGUAUAUCCUCAACGCAAGUCGGUCGAGAUCUUUGCCUACCCAGAGAUAUCUCCAGAUUCCUGUUGAAUAACUCUAAUUUCUGCAGAUAUGUAUCUAAUCGAGUUAUCUCUUAGAUUAUUUUGUUUGUUUGUUUGAAAUUUCAUAGAACUGAUGUUUUAUCUGAGAUCUCUCAGGAUAGCGGAUCGGACUGCCGAUCCCGAUCCAAUUUUCUUUUAUUAUUCAUGAGCAUUAUCGACCAUUUAUUGCGAUGAGUUCACAAGGGGGACAAAGAAAAUUACUUUUUGACUGAUUAUUUUGGAUUUCCAUUUGAUUUCUGCUUGGAAGUUGCCUUGACUUUUAGUAGUGCAAUAUUUGAUAAUUUUCUGUACAAGAUUAUAGAUUUGCUAGUAAAUAUUUCAAUUUUUUUUUUUAUUUCGUAUCAUUUAGUUGAUUCAUCACCAUUGAAUGAUCAAAUGUCAAGAUUACGUAUUUGUUUUUGAUUUGGUGAUGUGGUGAGAAUGAUAUUUUGCAGUCCAAACUUGAAUUGAACUAAAUAAUUUUUGUUUAUAAAAAAAACUGGAUAUUGGUUAUUUGCUAGGUAGUUUUUGCUAAUAAGUACCAGAAAAUAAGUUCUCAGAUUUUAAAAACCUUCACAUGAAUUUGGUUAUCGGAUCAGGUUUCCCGACUUGCUUACCGUGUGAAAUCUGCUGCAUUGGAGCUAUUUUUCUAGCCCUGACAAAGCUUGAACCUGGUCCAGGAAGGAAAUGGUGUAUCAUUCCAGUUUUGUUGAUCUAGAAGCUGUAUCAAAAGCCUGUGGAUGCCCACUUCUUCCAUUGAAAAGCCAUAUUAAGGGUCCUGCGCCUGUCUCUGAUCCAGAUAAAAUUGACAUUGUCGAUGAGGCGAUAACCUUUUUCCGAGCCAAUGUUUUCUUUAAGAAUUUUGACAUUAAGAGCCCAUCCGAUAAGCUCCUCAUAUACUUGACAUUUUACAUUAACGUGGCUCUCAAACGGCUGGAGGGUUGCAGAACACUGGCAGUAGGGACGAAAGCCAUCAUUAGUUUGGGUCUGGAGAAGGUCCCUGUACCCGGAGAGCCAGGCUUUCCGUUUCCUGGUCUGUUUGCCCUUCCCCAAUCUCAGGAUGAAGCAGAUCUAUUCAGAAACUAUCUGAAGCAGAUAAGGGAGGAAACAAGUGGAAGAUUGCUAAGCUGUGCUUAUAGACCUAACGGCACUCCUAACAAGUGGUGGCUGGCUUUUGCAAAGAGGAAGUUCAUGAAUAUUGUUGUUCUCUAGUUUUAUUCUCUUGUUCUGAAUCACUAUGUAAUUUGUGCAAUUCAAGUGCAGAAUGCAACUUUCUUGCUUCUAGAUUGUUUGUGGACUGGUUGCAAGCAAAUAACUUCUGCUUAAUCAUUCCCUGAAGACUGAUGGUUAUUGCAUUUUAACCUUGUAUUAUAAUUACUCCAAUUUAAACACAA